GUUCUGGCUGAUUUCCGUCCUCGCAUCAGUCCGGAAGGCAUGCUUAUAUGUCGAAUCGAAGAAGAGCACAUGUGGGAAGCCAGACAACUUGGUGAUGAGACACCUCACAUAUUACUCUUUACACUCCUCUACUUUAUCACCAAACACAUGUGGCUUCGCACAGGGGACCAGCAUGCCCAACUCAGAUUCUCCAAUUUCAAGUUGAAACGCGAGAAUCCCACAUCGGAGUGUGUACUCUUCGUGUCCAGUGGUAGCUCUGACUCCUACCGCAUGUUUUAUACUGGAGAACAAUUCUCUCGUUGUCCGAUCCAACUUUUCCGAACUUACCUUAAAAAAUGCCCCCAGACAUUGGUUGCGGGAGGUGGAUCAUUUUAUCUUAAUCCUCUGCCUGAACCGUCUUCCACAACUUGGUUCUCUGAGACUCGUGUUCCGGCCAGUCAGUUGCAGGUGAUGCUGAAUCGCAUCAAAAUGGUAAAAGAAAUCCAGGAGGCCUUUAUGGAUAGUCAAUCUGAGUAA